AACAGUCACUCACUUUCAACAGUUCAACAGAGCGCCGCUUCAAUGAAAGCGCCAGCCUCCAUACAUGUGACGGAGCACGCUUAAACCCUGCAGGACUGCACCACGAUCCGUACCGUAGCAACACGUAAGAAAACCCGAAACGAGGAUACACACGCGUGCAUUUACCACUGAGAAAAACGCGCGUUGACUUGGUUGCUAUUUUUCUCUUCCGUCUUUUCUGGGACCUCGAAUGUCAGUGGAAUAUUACUCUGUUUUGCCUUGGAAAAUGUAAAGCGUUUGUUUAAACUGCUUUAAUUUUGUGUCGUAACGUAAAAGACGUUUUGCAACGGGCUGGAUGUUCACUGUCUGGGGCGUACUGGAACACAAGCACGAGUUUCAGGAGUGAACGCGUCCCAAUGAGCGGACAUUCCUCGUGCCAAGCUCGAGACGCUAUCGGAUCUCCUUUGAAGUUCGUGCGCGCGCUGCAGUAGCAAGCUGUUCGUCUUUUGUGGCUAUAAAGUUAAAUAUAUCGUUUAUAUGCUUUGUUUUCAAUGAAUGUAAUACUCCAUUAUAUUGUUUUAUUCAAAAAAUUGCGUUAUGGUGAAAGAAACCACGUUUAUAUUCGCUGGACGAUGCGAAUAUGAGAGAUUUCUGAGCUUUUCCUUGUGAGCGACCGUUAAUUUCUGUCAGUCAGAAUGUACUUUGAAUAAACGACUAUUUUUCCCAACUUAAACACGUUUUUAAUUGUGUUUAAUAACGAUGGCCAACGAAAUUCGUUACGACAGUCGUCAUAUCGUGGAGAAAUACAUUAACCAUAAACUUUUAAAGAAAGGGUACGUGUGGAAAUGUCAACCUUCAACAGAGGAAGAUGACGCGCAUAACGGAACCGAGGACUCCUCUCCGAACUCUGACAGGAGAAGGCUUCAGGCUCCCUCAGCCGGCGGGGGUAACCAUGAAUGCCUGCUAGACCACCGGGUCACUCGCACCGACCCCCAUUUGAGACUCUACCGGGCGUUACGCGAGGCUGGAGAUGAAAUAGAAAGGAUGUACCAUCGGGAAUUUGAGGAGAUGUCCAGUCAGAUGAUAAUCACUCCUAAUGCAGCCCAGCGAAGUUUUAUAGCCGUGGCUGAGGAGCUCUUCAGGGAUGGAGUGAACUGGGGUCGAAUUGUGGCUUUCUUUGAGUUUGGUGGGACCAUGUGCGUGGAGAGCGUUAACCGGGAGAUGGCGUCCCAGGUAGAUAAUAUUGCACACUGGAUGACGGACUACCUGAACGGGCCUCUGGAAAACUGGAUACAGGAAAAUGGUGGUUGGGAUGCUUUUGUGGAGUUGUACACCCAACCGAGAGACCCCACGUUCCACCCCUUUUCUUAUCUAACGAAAGUGCUUGGACUGGCAGCGCUGGGUCUGGCAGGCUUGACCAUCGGAGGAUACUUCACCCAGAAGUGAUGUCUCUCCCUGGCUCUGCGGAUCUCUUUCCGCCUAUUUAUCUCUUUCUCUGUCCAUCUCUCUUCAGCUUAUCAAAGCAUCUAGGUUCUUCUUAGCCCGGCAACAGUGCUUUCAAAGCUCUAACGCUGAUAUGAUGCUCCUCAAGUCAGAGGUGCUUGCACAUAGAUGACAAUGCGAAGAGUAAAGACCGAUGACACCACGCUUUGAUUCUAACGCUUGUCACUGCCAUGUACAGUUGCACUCAAACACAGAGACGGCCACAGAAAACGCACGCACACGUAAAGAGAUGCACACGCAUAUUUCGUAAGGACUGAAGAAUAUUUGUACAAAUUUUUUUUAAACUUAAGAUUGUGCUUUUUUGACUUUUUUAUAUAGAUUUUUUGCCAUUUUGUAGCAUGAAUCAAAAAAGGAGCGGAUAAAAGUUUGCGGGGUGAAUGUAAAUAAUUUCUCGCUAUCUGCAUGUGUGGAGAAAAAACCUUGAGUAAUUCUGCAUGAAGUCGUUUUGUAUUAGGCCGCCUCUCAUUUUCUGUCGAAUCAGGGUGUUUUUUUUCUUUCCAUUGGAUGAUGGACCUCCCGAGAUGUCCUGCCAGAUGGACAGAUGCUGAGCAUUCCUUAUUAAAAAGUUCCUGUUUGAUUUGCCGUUUGACGAGAACAAACAUGACGAGAACUGAACGACAAAAUCAAGACAUUAUGAUGUAAUCUCACCCACGCACGGGACACGCUGUUGUCCGACCCCUGCUGAAUGUAAAGACUGUAAAAAAACUGUAAAGUUUUGGAAGUUUGACUUCACAGAAGCAAUUUUUAUUUGUAUUUCGCUUUUGUUUAUUUUGUCGUGAGUAUGUGUAUAUAUAGGUUUCAGUUCAGUUGUUCCAUUUGUGUUUCAUUAAUCAAGAAUAUGUUAAAGGAAUAGUUCACCCUAAAAACACGGUGCCAUUAUCUACUCAACCUCACGGCUGUCCCUUUAAACACUUUGUAGCUCCAUUUCAUGCAACUUCAUGGUGACCAAUUUUUUCUUUUUUUUAUUCUCUGUGCAUUGGGUCAAUAAUGACACAUUCUUCAUUUUUGGGAGAAAUAUUCCUUUACAAAAACAGGUUACCUUUCCAAAUAAUGGUAACAAGAGGGUAUUGAGUACACGUAAGGUGUGCGAACGUCUGUAAAUAGGUUGUGUUGAGAGAGCUGGGCUAGGCUGUGUUCUGGUAGAGAUAAAGACAGCAACGUCCAGCCAGGUGCGUUUGCGUAUCUGCAGAUGAAAUGGCCAGGUGGUGGAGUGAUUGGAGCUGGGAACAGAAGUUCAUUCAGCUUGGCAUGAUAGGCACGCAGCUUUGAAAAAACUUUCAGACCCAGGUGUCUUUCCCUUCUCCACAUGAUCUGGCUGGCAUGGUAGAUCACAGCCAAGAUGAUGCUGGUUUGUGCUGCAGGUUUUUGGAUGUCCCCUUUAAUUACAGAAAUCUGAUCUGUCUGUAACUUCUGUCCCAGAGAGAGUUUCAUCUGCUCUCUCUACCAUACCCAUCUCUUCCAUCUCUCAGUGCAUUCCACUGGGAGGGUUGAUUUCUUAUUCACAGAAACAUAUGGAGACAUUGGGAUGUCCUAAUGACUUUAGUGUUGGACAUCAGACAUCUGCACUCUACAGUAUGUUAAAAUCUUUUAUGUUCAGGAAAUCUAUAAUCUUCUUUGAAUCUUGCUCAAAUUGAAUCAUCUAUAGAUGUCAGAGCAGACGACAUACAUUAUGUAAUACACAAACAGAGAUGCCCUUUUAGUUAUGAUUAGUUUUGUCCCAUACAACCUUGUUUUUGUAUUACAAAUUAUUUAUAUGACGUCUACUGAAAUUAAUGUCAAGAUCAUUGAUCUCAAAAACCAAAAGAGCAACUUUGUAUGUCGUGCGAUGGCUUCAUCUGACCUAACACAGCUCUCUCAAGUGUUUAGCGGUACAGAUAGCGGUAACAUUGCGUAUGUAAUAGUGUACUAUAUUGCUGCACCCUUUAUUGGGUGGUGGAGAAGUGUAUCAGAAUAUCUAAAAAGAGUUGACUUACACUGUAAGCUCGUUUUACUUAGCUGCUAAAGAUCUAGCAAUGUAAGACCACGGGGGUUGAAACUGCGCUUCUCCCAAUUGCUGCACCAUUUGAAGCUGCUCAUAGAUGAACCAGCAUAUAACUGCCACUGCUGGACCGCAACUAUAGUCCAUCUACUCCUCAAGUCUCGCUUUCACUCGGGUUAGCUGAGAAGUCACAAUCAGUGCACACUUGAGUCAUUUUAGAUUUAAUUUUAUAGAGUAAAUCCAUCAUUUUAAAUAAUUUACGCAUUAAAUGACUACCCAUUCUCACAAAAUGAUGUAACUAUAGUCACGUAAUUUUUUUAUUCUUUGAUACUGUCACGAAUUUCCACGGUUUUUCGUUAUGGUAUCACGAAUUUCUGUUUAUGUGUCAUUGUCACGUAUUGGUUACUCAUUUCGCUUCGGUUUAGGGUUAGUUUUGGUGUUUGCAAUAGGAUGUCGCUUUUAGUAUUGGUUUAUAUUUUUUUCAUUUUAUGUAAAUCUAACCCUAAACCGAAGCGACAAUGGUAAGAAAAUGAGACAAAACCAUUGAGUAACCAAUACGUGACAUUGACACACAAACAGAAAUUAGUGAUACGAUCACGAAAAAACGUGGA